AUGAAGAGAAGGGAGGGGAAGAUAAAGAGGAAGAGAUGGAAGAGAGAGAGAGAGAGAGAGCAUGAGCAGAAAGAGGAAGAUAAAGAGGAGGACGAGAAAGAAGAAGAUAGAGAGCAAGAGUUGUUUGAGGAAGAUAAAGAGCAGGAGAAGAAAGAGGAAGAUACAGAUGUAGAUGAGAAUGAAGAAGAUAGGGAGGAGUACUUUGAAGAGGAAGAUAGUGAGCAUGAGAUGAAAGUAGAUGAGAAAGAGGAAGAGAUAGAGCAGAACAUGAUUAAGGAAGAGAAGGACGAAGAAAAGAGAAGUGUAGAGAAAGUGGUAGAGAUGAGAGUGGAUGAGAAAGAGAAGGAAAAAGAGAAUAGAAGUACAGAGAAAGUGAUGGAGAUGAGAGUGGAUGAGAAAGAGAAGGAAGAAGAGAAGAGAAGUGCAGAAAAAGUGGUUGAGAUGAGAGUGGAUGAGAAAGAGAAGGAAGAAGAGAAGAGAAGUGCAGAGAAAGUGGUGGAGAUGAGAGUGGAGGAGAAAGACUUGCUACAAGUUUAUCAAAAGAAAUCGAAGAAAGUUGUUUCCAAGGGGACAAGGGGACCAAGUACCGGAAUCAGGACGCGUUCUCAGCUAGUCCGAACACCUUUCACUGAAGAAAAGAAGAAGGUAACCCAUCCAGAUAUAAUUACAAUUUCACACCAUAAAGAGGAUGAUAGGAAAAAAAUCAGGUACUACUGCAAGCAUGGUGAAUGCACUUGGGAUUUUCAAAAGAACAGGAAAAUCAAGAAGAAUGAGGAGGCUCUGAUGAAGUUGUUGAACGAGGGUAUUCCUGUUGUUGAUGAUUUUAGUAUACGCUUGGUUGAUAGUAAAAGAAUCUUUGUUCACAACUUUAGAAUAUCCCAGCAUGUAGCAACAAAGCUCACACUAGAGGAGAACAGAUGGGUCUCAGAGUUUUGCAAUCAGAAAGCUCAUCAGUCAUGUAUUGUUGUUAAUACGUCAAACAGUAGCAUCGAUUCUUUGGAGCUUCUCAAUCUACUACGAGGAGGCCGUAUUGAUGACCAUGUCAUGGAAGCUUUGAUCGAUAGAAUUAACACAUGGCUAGAUAGGCCAGAAAUUGCUCCAAUGAGCCAUAAUUAUGGGGUUGUAUCAGUCUUUUUCUACAAGCAUGUUGUUGUGAGGAAGAAUACACUCCUUAUCCCGCUUGUGCCUCAGGACCAUUGGCAUGUUGCUGAAGUCAGGUUGGAUGAUGACGUUAUCAAGCAUUACAGCUCAGCUACCCAUGAUCCAUGGCUCAAACCAGUGAAUAAAGUAAUUGGUUUCAUGGAUCAUAUGAUGUCUGAUUUUGAUCUCGAUAAUGUUUGGAGGAAGUUCAGAUAUGAAGAUGUUCCUUGA